AUGGCGUUAACGCUGGAAGAAUUUGUCCACUCGCUUGACCUCAGGACCCUCCCCAGGGUCCUUGAAAUCCAGUCAGGCAUCUAUUUUGAAGGCUCAAUUUAUGAAAUGUUUGGAAAUGAAUGCUGUUUAUCAACAGGAGAAGUGAUUAAAAUUAUUGGCCUCAAAAUUAAAAAGAUCAUUGCUGAAAUUUGUGAGCACAUUGAAGGUUGUCCGUCUUCACAACCAUUUGAACUGCCCAUGAAUUUUCCAGGUCUUUUUAAGAUUGUGGCUGAUAAAACUCCAUACCUUACUAUGGAAGAAAUUACAAGAACCAUUCAUAUUGGACCAAGUAGACUGGGACAUCCUUGCUUCUAUCAUCAGAAGGAUAUAAAAGUAGGGAAUCUUAUCAUAAAGCAGGGUGAACAAAUCGAGCUCAAAUCCAUUAAAGAGAUAAACGGAGAAAUGAUUGUGAACUGUGGAAUGAUCAGGAAUCAUCACAAUUACUCAUUCACUUUGCCUUUGUCACAAGAAGGAGAAUUCUUUGAGUGUGAAGAUGAAUGUAUUUAUACCCUAAAAGAGAUUGUUGAAUGGAAGAUCCCCAAGAACAGAACACGAACUGUGAAGCUUACCGAUUUUUCGAGUAAGUGGGAUUCUCCAAAUCCAUUCCCAAAAGGCUUUUAUGGCUCUUUGAUUCUCAAGCCUGUUUAUGAAAUUCAAGGUGUGAUGAAAUUCCAAAAGGACAUAGUCCGCAUCCUCCCCAGUUUGGAUGUUGAAGUCAAAGACAUUACUGAUUGUUAUGAUGCAAACUGGUUUCUUCAGCUGUUAUCUACAGAAGAUCUUUGCGAAAUGACCAAUAAAGAGUUCCCCAUGGUGGUGGAAGUCAUUGAAGGGCCUCAAGGAAAGCAGCUGCCCAGAAACAUUUUACAGCCUGGGAAAACCAUUGUGAUUCACAAAAAGUACCAGGCAGUGAGGAUCCUAGCUUCAGAAAUCAGAAGCAAUUUUCCUAAAAGACACUUCUUGAUCCCCACUAGCUAUAAAGGCAAAUUCAAGCGGCGACCUCGGGAGUUCCCCACUGCCUAUGACCUAGAGAUAGCUAAGACUGGAAAGGAGCUUCUCCACGUGGUAGCCACCAAAGCCUUUCAUCCCCCUCAUGAUGAACUGUCUUCUGUAUCAGUGGGGGACCAGUUUCUAGUGCAUCACUCACAGACUAUUGAAGUCCUCUGUGCGAGGGAAAAAAAAGUGGUGAAUGUUCUGGCCUGUGAAAAAAUCCUCAAAAAGUCUUACGAGGCAGUACUGCUGCCUUUGUACAUGGAAGGAGGUUUUGUAGAAGUGAUUCACGAUAAGAAACAGUACCAGGUUUCUGAGCUUUGUACACAGUUCCGCUUGCCCUUCAAUGUGAAGGUUUCUGUGAGAGAUCUUUCUAUUGAAGAGGACAUUUUGGCUGCUACACCAGGACUGCAGUUGGAGGAAGGUAUCACAGACUCUUAUCUACUCAUAAGUGACUUUGCCAAUCCCAGAGAGUGCUGGGAAAUUCCUGUUGACCGCUUGAAUAUGACUGUUCAGGUAGUUAGCAAUUUAUUUAAGGAAACAGAAUCAUUUCUAGUCAGGACUCUGGUAGAAGAGAUCACGGAAGAACAAUAUUACAUGAUGCGGAGACAUGAAAGCUCUUUCUUGCAUCCCCCACCCCGCCCUCCCAAACAGCCUUUGAGGAUGGAAACAAAGUCAACUUUGCUAACUCAAGCAGAACACAGGACAGUGGAUUGGCCUAAAUCUCCCAAGAUUCACCAUCUAGGCAUAGCCAGAAAACCACACUUAAAUCAAGCUGGCCCAGAUUCAGAAGCACCAGUUGCUUGUCAGAAUAAUUCGGCUGAUCUGGACAGAGAGAGGAGCAAGAGAGAGGCAACUACAACUGCAGACUCCAGUGUGACUACAGAGAAAAGUCAGUCUGUUCCUAAGUUGCCUUGUGGCGAGUGUGGAAAUUUCAGUCUUCGUAGCAUAUCAUAA